GCCACAAUCGCGGGAACAUCAAAGGACGCAGGGUCUCCAUGGAAAUUAGCAACGUCAUCCCCAAACUGUCGCUGCGUGCUGAACGAGACUUGAACAUUUCGAUAUCGUCUUUCCGUCUACAAGCCCUUUGUUGCUCUUUUUCCUACUGUCGCGCUCUCACAUCUCCUACGCGACAUGAGUGCUCUUUUACCUUUCCGCGACAUUAAUGUCCACGCCUCAUCCACCCAUUAUGCCUUCUCAUCCCCUUCUUCCCCAUCCGCACCUACCCUUGUUGUAGAGCGUCCCUCUGGUGAUAUUCGUCUUCAUGAUGGCAAGCUUUUGGGUGGUCAGAGAGUCACGAGUAUCCAAGGUAUUCUCGGAAUAAUCAGUCUCCGCCUCGACAAGUACAUUGUUGUAAUCACAAAGGCUCAGGCUAUGGGCAGGAUAAAGGGCCAUCAAAUUUACAGAGUCGUUGCUACUGAGCUUUUGCCUCUCCGUGAGAGACAGGUUCGCGAUCCUGAUGAGGACAUCUAUCUUGGACUGGUCAACACUCUGCUCAAGACUAGCCCUCUCUUCUUUUCAUACACUUUCGAUCUCACAAACAGUUUCCAAAGACAGGCCGAAAUUGAUCAAAACUCCCCCAUCUGGGCAAGAGCUGAUGAUCGUUUCUUCUGGAACAAGUUCAUCCAGACCGAUCUUAUCAACUUCCGUCAAGGUCAAGGAUCGCGUCGUCAGAAUGUUGGACCUCAACCUGCCAUGGAUCCUUAUAUUCUGCCCGUCAUGUAUGGUAUGCUGAGAAUUACCAACACUUCUGUCAAGAGUGCUCCCAUGACUUUCAUCCUCAUCACUCGCCGAUCAAGACACCGCGCUGGUACUCGUUACUUUUCCCGUGGACUGGACGAGCAAGGUCAUGCUUCAAACUUCAACGAGACUGAACAGAUUGUCAUUUUGAAUGAUGAUGCUUCUAGUGGAAUGACCACUUUUGCUGGAGAUGGUGGUUUCUCAAACAACAAACUUCCUGGUGGAGAGACUCAGGUCCUGUCAUAUGUCCAAACCAGAGGCAGUGUUCCCGUAUAUUGGGCUGAAGUCAACACUUUGAAGUACACUCCCAAGCUCCAAAUCAGAGGUGUUCAAUCUGCUGUGCAUGCAGCGAAGUUGCACUUUGAUGAACAGAUCAAGCUGUAUGGAGAAAACUACCUUGUCAACCUAGUCAACCAAAAGGGUCGCGAGCAAAAGGUCAAGGAGGCGUACGAAGACAUGGUGAAGCUCCUUGUUUCUAACCCAGCAGAGGAUACCGAAGCCGAUCGCACGACUAGGGAGAAGUUCCACAUUGUCGAACCUCAAGGCGGUCGUCACGAAUUCGACAAGCUUCACUACGUCUACUUUGACUUCCACAACGAGACCAAGGGAUUGAAGUGGCACCGUGCACAGCUUCUUCUCGAUCAACUCAAGGAUGGUCUGAUGAAGGGAGAAUACUUCCGUGGUGUUGACAAACCAAGUGGUGGUGUUCAAGUCUUGAGCCGUCAAACUGCUGUUGUCCGUACCAACUGCAUGGAUUGUCUUGAUCGCACAAACGUUGUUCAGUCAAUGCUUGGUCGUUUCACUCUUUCUCGCAUGUUGACUGAUGUUGGCAUCUUGAAGGCUGGUGAGAAUGCUCAGGAAGAUGCUGCCUUUGAACAUUUAUUCCGCAAUGUAUGGGCAGAUAAUGCAGACGUGGUCAGCAAAUCUUAUUCCGGUACCGGUGCUCUCAAGACAGACUUCACCCGUACUGGUAACAGAACACGCGCUGGAGCAUUGCAGGAUUUGAACAACUCAAUCACUCGUUAUGUCUGCAACAACUUCCUUGAUGGACCCAGACAGGAUGCCUUCGAUCUCUUCCUCGGCACCUACACACCAGACCCAUCAGGCUUAGGUUCUGCACAUCAAUUCGCAGACACCAGACCGGUACUCAUCCAGUCUUUGCCAUACAUUUUGGCCGCCUGUGUGUUCUUCAUCUUUAUCUCCCUCUUCACACGUCGUCUGCCAGAUGCUACCGUUUGGCCAUUGAGAAUUUUCGUUCUUCUUUGUCUUGUCGGAGCUGCUUGGUCUGGAAGGUUCAUCACCUCGCAUGGAGGUCUUUACGUCAACUGGCCAAAGCUCAACACACCUGCACACGCUCUUGAGAGUUAUCAAGAAACUCUGGAGCGCGUAGGUAGAGAUCCUCUUCUUGGAUCCAUGGUUGCCAAGCACGGUCGCGGAAAGAGCGAUGCUAGACUUGGAUACAUGGAGGAAGGCAAGAAGCGUAGAGAAUAGGUGUUGUCUUGGAAGGAACGAUUGAGCAAAAAGAGGUCGGGUCGGGUAAUAAUAGAAGAACAAUGGAUGGUAAUUAAAUGAUAUUUCUCUCUCCUG